AUGGCUCGAAUGGUUCCUCAGCGAAAAAUGACCUUUUAUGACAUCAAGCUCCAACACGUUCCUGGUGGUAUGUUUACCGUUGUCUCUCGCUCUCUAGAUAACCCUUCUCGCCGCAAAAGUUAAAUCAAUUGUUUAAUUCCGUCAUAAUCUUCAUGUUUUUAUUUCACUUUAAAUUGUUGAAUGAUCGCUUGAUGAGCUGAUUCUAGUCUGACGGGCGGUGUUCUCUGCUUUUAGACCUUCUUAGGGGGUAUUAAGACUGCCAAUUAAAAUUUUUUUGAAUAUUUAUCUGGUAUGCACACUCGAAUUCACAUCCAUCAAUGUAGGUUUUUGGGGUUGUAAUUGGUAUGGGACUUAUAAUUUGAGACAUAUUUUAGCUAGUAGGUUUGAAUUUUGAUUUGAUUUGUACUUUAGACUCGACACGUGAACAAGUACGGGUCCCUAAUGUAAUUGCCCUAGUUGGUUUACCUGCUCGUGGAAAGACGUACAUCUCGCACAAGCUCUGUAGAUAUUUAAAUUGGAUAGGAAUAAAGACCAGAGGUAAUUUUUCGUCAACUUUUCAGCUGGGACAGAUCGGAUAUCGGCCCAAAACUUAUGGCCAAUAUAUAGCAAAAUCUUUUGCAAAGCUAGCCAUUGAGUUGGCAAAAAAAAUCCGUUUAGCUAGUCAAACAAAAAAUUUUUUUUGAAUGUCAUAACCACUAGGGACAAAAAGCGCCCCAAAAAGGUCGUGACCAAGGUCAAGGUGGUUAAAAUUACCCGUAACGGUCGGUUGGUCCUGUCAGUAUGGCUGUGACUCGACCUAACUGAAGUGCCACAAGCGUCUGGAUCAACUAGUAGGAUUAUCUUAAGAAGAUCUUGGACGCUAAUCCUGAGAUAGCUCACACUUAGGUCACGAACUAGCUUAUCAAAAGAAAGAUUGGAAAUAAUAAAACAAUGAUUGUCUCGUUCUGUCUUCUGAACGGAGUUCAGAACAUCACGAGCUAGGUCACGCCAAGCAUACCAAGUGACUAUCGCACAUUAGUCGUCCAGUUUGGCCAUUUUGAAAAUAUUUUGAACGUCCGUCUUGACCGCGGUCGCGAGCUAGGUCAUGGGCGACCUAUCCUCCGGUGUGAACACUGAGUGGUUCCCGUUGGCUAGCGAUGCAAAAAGGUUUUGCUGUAUUGGCUAUAAAGAUUGGGCCGAUAACCGAUCUGUCCCAAAUAAAAUCUGGCCCAUAUGAAGGGUAGCCCAUUUUUCUCCAGAUUUAUUGACAAUUUAGCCUAAAGUGAUAUAAUUUAUUAUUUCUUAGCAUUCAAUGUGGGUGAAUACCGACGAUUGGCGUGUAAUCUGGCUGAACAAGGCGAAGCCGACUUCUUUAAUCCAAACAACAAACAGGGAAUCAAGAUCCGAGAGUAAGAGCAGCAUAGCUAAUGUAAUUGUUGCCUGAAUUUAGUGAAUGUGCGAGACUUGCCAUGGAAGACAUGGGACAGUAUCUCGAGCGAAAGGAAGGAGAAGUUGCGGUAAGGUCCCCUUUUUUCAAUAUUAGAAUUAAUUUUUAGAUUUUCGAUGCCACGAACACAACUCGAGAACGUCGAGACCUUCUAGUCAGUUUUUGUCUUAAAGAAGACCGUGAUCCAAAAUUCAGGGUCUUUUUCAUUGAAAGUAUUUGUGAUGACCCAGAGAUUAUCAAUUCCAACAUUUCGGUAGACCAGUUUCCCGCUUAUUAAUUUUAAAUUCAGGAAGUUAAAAUCAGCUCCCCUGAUUACAAAAACCGAAUGACGCAAGAAGAGGCCAAAGAAGACUUCUUGAAGCGAAUUGAAAACUAUAGAAUUCAAUAUGAACCAAUGGACGAAGAAGAAGACGACGAGUUGUCGUUUAUCAAAGUCAUCAAUGCGGGUCGCUCUUUCUAUGUUCACAAUGUAAAUGGGCAUGUGCAAAGCCGGGUAGUCUAUUUCUUGAUGAACAUCCAUUUGCUUCCGAGAUCAAUCUAUCUUACUCGGGUGGGACAUUGAUUAUUAAUUUACAUCUUCUUUAGCAUGGGGAAUCAGAAUACAAUCGUAUUGGUCGUUUGGGAGGGGACAGUCCACUCAGUGAGAAUGGGGUCAGGUACGCAGAAAAGCUAAGACAAUACUUUGAGGUGAGUUCUUGUAGUUGUGAAUACAAGUGAACAGAAAGAGAACGUUUCCCACGAUCUUCGAAUAUGGAGCUCUCAGAAGAUCCGGGCAGCUCAAACCGCCAAUUAUCUCAAGGAUUUGGCAGCUCAUGUGGAAUAUUGGAAAGUGCUUGAUGAGAUUGAUGCCGGCAUUUGUGAGGGCCUGACUUAUGAGGACUUCCAAAGCAGAUAUCCAAAACAGUUCGCGGAGAGGGAUAAGGACAAGUACCACUACCGAUAUCCAAGUGGGGAGAGUUACGAAGAUCUGGUGGCCAGGCUGGAACCAGUGAUUAUGGAGUUGGAACGGCAGUCCAACGUACUUGUGGUAUCCCAUCAAGCCGUCCUAAGAUGUAUUCUUGCCUAUUUUGAUAACAAGGAUCGAACCGAGUUGCCAUAUCUGAAUGUCCCUCUUCAUACUGUAAUCAAAUUGACUCCCAAAGCUUAUAGUUGUGAGAUCGAGAUGUUCAAGUUCAAGGUUGAUGCUGUAGACACGUACAGAGCAAAGCCAGACGAGCCUGCGGUAAGUUUUUUUUUCUUGCCAGACUUUAAAAAAGCGAACUUUUUGGAGUUUUUUUUUGAAAAUUACUAGCUUGAACGUAUGCUGAAAAUUGAGUUGCCACCGUAAACUGACUCUUUUGACGACUCUAAACAAUACAAGUAAGCUCUAAUUUGUUUUACAGUGGGAGGUUGGCGAGAUCAUGCGCUUGUGUCAUUCUCCUUGGUGAGUGUGAAUUCAAAGAAGACUAAGUUUUGAGUGUUGUGAAAUGGGGCGAAUGUUAGAGUAUAGUGGGUGUGAUGGUCCCGUUUCGAUGAUAUUAUAGUUAGGUUAUGUUUUUUCGCCCAGAAUGAAAGUGCUUUUUUCCCAGAAAACUAAAAAUCUGGUGAAAACACUGUUUUCUUAAGAAUACGUUUUCUGGGUUAAAGCAUUUUUCAUUCUGGGCAAAAAACAUUAUCCGUUUUAUUAAAACAGCUUUUUUGUAAGGGUCGAGCUAGCUGUGCACAUGAAACAGGAUGUCGCAGCAGAGUCGUGAAACAGUAACCAUAGGUUUCCCUAAUCACGAAUAUUCAAUUUCAGAAAAAAAAUUUUUGAUUAUUGGCCUACUGUAGGUGUACUGUAGCUUUCCCGCAUUUCCAGGAUCUCAGCUAUAAGAGGUCGGAUUGUAUCCGGACCUUCUCUGAAUCAUAGAAUGGACAAUUCUAAGCAUCUUUCAUGUUGGGCACUUUUUCCUAUCUGUGCCGGAAGUAUUCUAAAAAUUUGCAUAAUUGUCAAAAAAUUCACAUUUUUCAAAUUUUAUAGAAAAAUUUGCAUAAUGGCAUGACAUUUUUAUUGCUCUAAAAGAUGCUCCGUGAUGUGGCAAUUCAAACGGUAUAUAGAUCACCGCAAGGGGUUCUGCCUAUAUUGCAAACGGGUCGUCUAAAUGUUGGAUCAUCAGGAAUUCAAUUUUUCUGAACGUCAAAUUUUGUCAAAAAAAUGUGGUGUUUGGUAUGACCAAACAUUGUACUGGACUUCAAAGUGGUUCCAAAGUAAAAAUAUGUAAUUUUAUGACAAAAUAAUGUUAUAAAUCUUUAAAAGACGAUUUCUGGGUUAGUGGACAUAGGAAAAAAUCAAUUUUGAGAUUUUUGCAUUAAAACGACCGUCGAUAGAUGCUAAGCAAAAGCGAAGGACGUUUUUUGCCAAAUCCUCCAUUAAGAUAUAUUUUUUUACAAUUUACUGUUUUUUAAGUAAUCGCUUAUAGUUGUCGUAUUUUAGCUCUGAAUACAACAAUUUUAAGCUUACUGAUGUUUUCGACCAUUGCUAACACGACGGAGCUAUUAUCUUUUUUAGUUUCCUACUGUAACUUCCCAUGAUACAGUAUUGGCCGAAAAAAACGGCCGUAAAAUCUUUGUUUCUAAAAACCCCUAGCUGGUUUUUUGAUAUGUUAAUCAGCGUAAAAUUCUGCUCUAGAUGCAAUCAAAAAAAGUGCAAAAAGUGGUACGACAAAUUUCGUGGUGUAGUGGUUAGUGGGCGGGACUACCAUUCCAGCGUCCCGGGUUCGAUGCCGGCUGGGUGCAAAUGUCAAAAAAAAUGCCGCAAAUCAAAUUUUUAAUUACCUAUUUUUACUUUGGAACCACUUUGAAGUCUAAUACAAUCUUUGGUCAUACACUGCAGGUUGACGCCAAGUCUUUCCCUGAUGUGUCAAGUUUCUCUCUCCCGAAAAUAAUUUUUUUUUAUUUCUUGACAUAUUGUGCAGCCUGUUUCUCUAUGAAGAUGGACUGAAAAGUGCUCAAGUAAGUUAUUAUUAGCAAGAGGAGGUGUUAUUUUUUCAUUUUAUGCCAAAAAUGUUGAUUUUGUUUCAGGGAAGCGUACAGAAUUCAUCCAAUUCGCAGAGCCAGUUUUUAGUGAUCAUAAAUAAUGUAAGUCCGCUUAUUUCGUUUUUUCGUGGUUUAGUUAGCAGUUAUAAGUUUGUCUAAGACUUAGAGGAGACCUCACUCUUUCGGGUUGUUAUGGUUUCCAUGCAUAAGAUCCUUCAAAUGUUUCGCCAUAAUCAGUUUAGGUAAAAUUGACCAAAAUAGAUGUCAUGGAGAAGAUAAUCAAGGCGGAAAGGUCAAGAGAACGGCAAAAUUGUCUCCCAGCAAGAGGAGAGAGGACAUUUUCGACCUAAUGGAGAGGCUGAGAUGUUCUAACAAAGCAAAAUAGGCCAUUUGGAGACGGUUUUAAAGUUGGAAGUGGAUCUCAUGGAGAAGAUAAAAAUGGAAAAAUUGGCAAGAAUAAAUUCAAACAAAUGGCUAAUACAUCUCAUUCCAAACUUGAUUACCCCAUUCAGAGGGUGUAAACGAGGGCCGACUAUGUCCACUGCGUCCAUUUCUAUCUUCUCCAUGAAGUCUUUGUUGACCAUUUUGAACUUGCUGAAUUUCAGAUGUCCCUGGACCUUGACCAAAGCUCUGAAUGCGAUUUUCAUGCCGUGUUUGCUCUUUUCCGGCUUUAAUGACGACCUAUGGGGCCCUAUUCUUGGCAAUUUUUCCAUUUUUUUUAUCUUCUCCAUGACAUCUAUUUUGGUCAAUUUUACCUAAACUGAUUAUGGCGAAACAUUUGAAGGAUCUUAUGCAUGGAAACCAUAACAACCCGAAAGAGUGAGGUCUCCUCUAAGUCUUAGACAAACUUAUAACUGCUAACUAAACCACGAAAAAACGAAAUAAGCGGACUUACAUUAUUUAUGAUCACUAAAAACUGGCUCUGCGAAUUGGAUGAAUUCUGUACGCUUCCCUGAAACAAAAUCAACAUUUUUGGCAUAAAAUGAAAAAAUAACACCUCCUCUUGCUAAUAAUAACUUACUUGAGCACUUUUCAGUCCAUCUUCAUAGAGAAACAGGCUGCACAAUACGUCAAGAAAUAAAAAAAAAUUAUUUUCGGGAGAGAGAAACUUGACACAUCAGGGAAAGACUUGGCGUCAACCUGCAGUGUCAUACCAAACAUCAAAUUUUUUUGACAAAAUUUGACUUUAAAUCCUGAUGAUCCAAUAUUUAGACGACCCGUUUGCAACAUAGGCAGAACCCCUUGCGGUGAUCUAUAUACCGUUUGAAUUGCCACAUCACGGAGCAUCUUUUAGAGCAAUAAAAAUGUCAUGCCAUUAUGCAAAUUUUUCUAUAAAAUUUGAAAAAUGUAAAUUUUUUGACAAUUAUGCAAAUUUUUAGAAUACUUCCGGCACAGAUAGGAAAAAGUGCCCAACAUGAAAGAUGCUUAGAAUUGUCCAUUCUAUAAUUCAGAGAAGGUCCGGAUACAAUCCGACCUCUUGUAGCUGAGAUCCUGGAAAUGCGGGAAAGCUACAGUACACCUACAGUAGGCCAAUAAUCAAAAAAAUUUUUCUGAAAUUUAAUACUCGUGAUUAGGGAAACCUAUGGUUACUGUUUCACGGCUCUGCUGCGACAUCCUGUUUCAUGUGCACAAGGCAAAUCUGAAAGCUCGAGUCUUUCGCAAAACCUGUUUUAAUAAUAGUUAUCGGGAAAAAUAUUUUCGCCCAGAAUUAAAAAUAUCUUUCCCCAGAAAAGAGCAUUAUAGAAAAACUCCUAUUUUCUCCCAGAAAAAAUAUAUUUUCUCCCAGAAAGAAAAUAUUUUUCCCCAGAAAAGAGAAUUAUGAAAAAAAUGCUACUUUCUCCCAGAAAAGAAAAUAUUUUCUCCCAGAAAGUAUAAUUUUGUAAAGAUAAAGCACGGAAGUAGUAAAAAUUGAUGAAUAAGUAACUUUACUAGUAAAAUAAAUUAAGCAGUAGUGUAAAAUAGUAUUUGUGGUAAGUUUUUGAGGAAAUACUGGAAAUAGAUGUAAUCGACGGUGCUGAUUUCAAAAAUGAUUCUCAUUUUUUGUGAUUUUCACUUUUUUGUGGUCAAAGGGUGCACUGACAGCCUGUCUGUGUCGUCUUCAGCGCCAAGAAGAACAUUCAGAUUUACAAUAAGAGAAACUCAUCCUUAUUUUCAUUGGGAACAAAAGAUAUCCAAGAAUAAACCAUUAAAGAAUUCAUUCAUACAUGUCUUUGCAUAAAUCAUUAUAAUUCUUACUGGUUUUUAAACUCAAUUAAGAAGUCGUCUAAAGUAAUAUCUGGAAGUUGAAAAUCUGAACAAAGAUUGGAAAAACGUGGAAUUUCCAACUUUAUUGCAAGUAGUAAUGUAAAAUACGAUGCAUGGGUCCCAGAGAAGGGCAUAAUAUUGGAUUCGAACUGACAUAUUGCCUUGUCGUGCUGAAUUAAACCUUCACGGUAUCUACGUCUUCGACGUCACUAUCUUUUAGAAGGUAGUAAUCUCUCAUGUUUUAUUCUUGAAUGUCUUUUUUCCCGAUGAGUUUUUUUUUGAUGAAUUUCUCUUAUUGUAAAUCUGAAUGUUCUUCCCGGCGCAGAAGGCGGAAAAGAAAGGCUGUCGAUGUACACUUCAAUGUACUCUUUGACCACAAAAAAGUGAAAAUCACAAAAAAUGAGAAUCAUUUUUGAAAUCAGCACCGUCGAUUACAUCUAUUUCCAGUAUUUCCUCAAAAACUUACCACAAAUACUAUUUUACACUACUGCUUAAUUUAUUUUACUAGUAAAUUCAUCAAUUUUUACUACUUCCGUGCUUUAUUUUUACAAAAUUAUGCUUUCUGGGAGAAAAUAUUCGUUCUCGGAGGAUAGGUUACCCCUAACAAAUAGGUUACCCCAGCGGAUAGGUUACCCCACCGGAUAGGUUACCCCAAGUUUCGGAUAGGUAACCUCGGAGGAUAGGUUACCCCACGGAUAGGUUACCUCGGAGGAUAGGUUACCUCGAGGAUAGGUUACCUGAAAAAAAAUUUUUUUUGAAAUGUUUUCGCUUCGGGAGUUGGAAAAAAAGGAUUUUUUGUGAAAUUUGAAAAAAUUUUCAAAUGUUUUCGCUUCGGGAGUUGGAAAAAAAGGAUUUUUUGUGAAAUUUGAAAAAAUUUUCAAGUGUUUUCGCUUCGGGACUGGGAAAAAAGAUUUUUUGGAAAAUUCAACAAAAUUUUUAAAUGUUUUCGCAUCGGAAGUAGAAAAAAGGGUGUCUGACUGAAUAUUAACUGUGGUGCCGGCAGCACUAAAAUUUUGUCUAAAACCAAUGGUACCACCUGGUACUGUAUAGUACCACGUGUUUUUGGGCUCUACUAAGCACCAAACCAUCACCAUUACUGCCUCAUGGCCAAAUUUUCACUUCUCACAAAACAGUACCAGUUGGUACUAUAUAGUACCAAGUGUUAAAACGUGUUUUUGGGUUCUACUAAGCACCAAACCAACGCCAUUACCGCCUUACGGCCAAAUUUGCACCUCGUACUAAAUAGUACUAUUUAGUACCAAGUGUUAAAAAUGUGUUUUUUAAGCAGUACUAGGCACCAAAACAACACCAUUAACGUCUAAAAGUGUUAUAAGUCGAAAAAUUUUCAAAAAGAAUCCCUAAAGGCAGGUAAGGUAACAGAAACCCAGCUUUCACAUUCAGUCAGUUCAUACUCAGUCAGCUCGACUCCCGAAGCGAAAACAUUUCAAAUUUUAUUCAAAUUUCACAAAAAAUCCUUUUUUUCCAAUUCCCGAAGCGAAAACAUUUCAAAUUUUAUUCAAUUUUCACAAAAAAUCCUUCUUAUUAAACUCCCGAAGCGAAAACAUUUCAAAAAAAAUUUUUUUCUUUUUUUUGGUAAGGGGUAACCUAUCCGUGGAGUAACCUAUCCGGUGGGGUAACCUAUCCGUGGGGUAACCUAUCCGGUGGGGUAACCUAUCCUCCGAGUUAUCUGUUUUUUGGGGUAACCUAUCCGGUAGGUAACCUAUUCUCGGGGUAACCUCUCCUCCCCAAAUCAAAAUAUUUUCUUUUCUGGGAGAAAAUAUAUUUUUUCUGGGAGAAAAUAGGAGUUUUUCUAUAAUGCUCUUUUCUGGGGAAAAAUAUUUUUAAUUCUGGGGGAAAAAUAUAGACCCAUAGUUAUCUAUCAUUCUGUUUUAUUGCAACUUAUUGAUUUUUUGUUGUGAAUAAGUUCAAUUAUAUCUGAAGGCAUAGCUAAUGCAAAUUUUUUCUUCAGAUGAAGCCAAUUGUGGAACUGAAGUUGGCUCCCCUUCCUUUUGAAUAUAAUGAUGGGCCGGAUGAGCAAUGCGAAGAAGAGUUAAAGCAUAUCACGGAUAAGAUGGUUUGUAACGAGAGUGUGGACACCUCCAAGAGUUCUGUAGUUCUAAGUCCUGACGGCACCGUCGAGGAAUUCCACGCCCCCAGACUUCUCGCUAGCCUCAAAUAA